AUUCGAGCAGAGUGUGGAAGAUUGACGCUGGCAACACUGUUCGCCGAUGCCGCUGCGAUGAAACGCAUGCGUACACAAACACUUUUAAUAAAUAAACACAUUUCGCCGAGAUAUUAGAACUAAUUUUCAUUUCUGUUCGUCAUUCUCAGAGUGUCAAUGAUCGGGCAAACACAGAGAGUUUAGCGUUUCUUUUGCUCAAAACGUAAUUAAAAGAAGAAAAGAGAAAUUUAUAUUCGUUGCAUAUAAAGCAUACAUCACACGAAAUUCUACCAAACAUUUUUAUGUGAACAAGAAAAUUUGGACUUGUACAUUGUGUUGAGAAGAGAAUCAAGUGUGCGAGAUUUUUUCCCCGCAUCUACAUCGUUCUUCUUUCUUUGUCAGAAUUGUUUUUUUUUUGUUGUUAGUUUGUAGAUGUUCACAUUGCAUGCUAGUUCGAAUGUGCAUUGUACCGUAAGCAAACGAAAACAUUAAAUGGCCCGUGUAUAAAACAUCUUUCGAUGGAUUGGUUGGCCAAUCGUCGCCAACGCGGUACAUUGUGUUUUUGACUUCGAUAUCAAAUGUGAAUCGCACUAAAUUCGAGUGUGUGUUUUUUUUCUCAUUCGGGAGAGAAUAAGUGAGUGCGAACGGCGAGAAAAGGGCCCGGCAGAGGGAAGAACUUUGCAAAAGCGAAAAAUAUUGCGUGAAAUAAAAAUAAAAUGGCACGAUUCAUUCAGUUUCUGUUAUUCAUUGAAUUCAUUUUAAUCAUACCGAGCCUACAAAGUGCUCGGCAUGGUUUCGAUGCAGAAUUGUUGCAUGCAGACAAUGAAAAGUUGUCAGCAAUGGUGAUUGAACCCGAAAUGCUCGAGUCAUUCGUUCGACGCAGUAGACGAGAUGUGAAGUUGAGCCCAAGUGACGCGAGCAAUUCACAAACGGCCAAAGAUACAUCGUCGGCCACAUCAUCGACGAAAAAGUUGCCAAAUACAUCACAAUCGACCGUAAAUGUAAGAAACAAUGUAACCAUCACCACGACCAAUAAAAUUACCACAGCAUUGAAUCAACUGAAUGACUCACAUGCUCAAUUGAUGGUACACUGGCUGGGUGAAGGUACCAAUGUGAUGCUUUGCUUGGCCCGUGAGCCACCACCAGGACCAAUGGAAGACAUAAAAUCCAACACGAUCCCAUCAUCCGUUUACAUUUCCUACAACAAUGGUAAUACAUUCGAGGAUAAAACGUAUCUGUUCCAAAUCAACGACACCAACAACAAACUCAUCAAUUCAACAGUGGAUCAGUUUACAACGCAUCCCAUGUAUAAUACGAUUGUUUUCACCGAUCCAAAGCACAAGGCGAUAUUCACAAAUGCCGACUUUGGACGAACGAUUAAAAAACAUAUGGUGAAUUUUACCCCAUCCGAAGUGUCAUUCUACGAACAUGAUUCACGUACAUUCCUGGUGUUGGACAAAACCGAUCGAACGUUGUACUAUACCGUUGAUUUUGGUGAGACAUUCACAAUGCUGCAGUCAUUCGUGAAAUCGUUUUCAUGGUCAUCGUCCGGUGACGCAAACAUGCCCGUUCACUUAUAUGUAGAGCGCAAAGAUCCAUCCAAUUCAUCAUCGAUCAUUUUCAUGAAUGCUGCACUAUUGCUGAUAGACGAACCGAAAAAAUUCAAUUUGCUCAUUGAAAAUGUACAAGAUUUUCACAUAAAAAAGGAUUUUAUGUUUGCCACACGCAAAGUACCAAACAAUACACAAUUGUUCAUUUCCUAUCGACGCGGAACGUUUGUCAAAGCCGACUUCCAAACUGAGCUCGAAAUUAAGGGCUUUCAUAUUGCCGAUGUAGAAGGAAGACGUGUCAUGAUCUCAGCAGUUCACACCGACAUCACAGCUCAUCUAUAUGUGUCCGAAUCCGAUGACAAAAUGAAGAAAAUCCGAUUUGUACCAAGUGUGGAGCAGAUUUUCUCAUAUAUUCCUGAAUUGACAUGGAAAAACAGUUGGUUGUCACAAACAUCUGACGAAGCAUUCACCGAUUUAUACAAAGUUGAAGGAAUUCGUGGCAUAUACAUCGCAUCGAAAAUCAUUAAUCCUCCAGUUUUAAAGCCAUCGGCCAUGGUUGGCCCUGAAAACUUGGGAUCUGUGAUUACAUUCGAUCAUGGUAUGAGCUGGCGACCAAUUCAAGCACCAACUGUGGACAACGAAGGUCAACCGAUCAACUGCACGAAAUGCAGUCUCCACUUGUCACAAAAGUUCAGUCAGCUUUACCCAGUGACGCGUUCCGUAACGAUUAUGAGCUCAAAAACAGCGCCAGGUGUAAUUAUGGCAACAGGUGUCAUCGGAAAGAAUCUCAAAGGCCAUCCGUGUGUGUUUAUCUCGCGUGAUGCUGGCCAAACAUGGACACAAAUCUUGCGAAAUUAUUACUUCUUCAACUAUGGCGAUCAUGGUGGCAUUCUGGUUGCCGUGAAGUAUUUCAAAUCGAAAGGCGAAACAAAUGAAAUCUUGUACUCGACGGAUGAAGGUGAAACAUGGAUUCCACAUGAAUUCCACGGGAAAAAUUUGAAAGUGUAUGGCCUAAUGACCGAACCGAAUGCCAACUCCACCGAGUUUACAUUGUUUGGUUCGGAGCCGGAUGAACACAAAUGGAUCAUUUUGAAGAUAGAUUUGCGAAAUGCAUUCACAUCGAAUUGCACACAGGACGAUUACAAAUUCUGGUCACCAGGUUCGUUUGAUGGUGAAUCCCUUGUUCCGUGCAUCUUGGGAAAACAAGAAACCUACCAUCGUCGUGCAGCUCAUGCGAAAUGCUACAACGGCCAUGAUUACAGUCGACCAAAUCGAACGGAAAUUUGCAAGUGCAGCUCAUGGGAUUUCGAAUGUGAUUAUGGAUUCUCCCGAUUAAACGCCAACUCACCGUGCAUACGCAAUCGUACCGUUGUUUCCGAAGAUAUUUACAAACUUCCAGGCACAUGCAAACCAGGCGAAUUUUAUAUGCGAACAAAGGGCUAUCGGAAAAUCGAAGGUGAUGUUUGUGUUGAUGGAUUCAUUGAUCAGUAUCUGCCACAGAGAAUUCCGUGUCCAAUUGCACCCGAGGACGAUUUUCUCGUCGUGGCUCAACGUGACAAAAUCGCACGGAUUUCAUUAUUAAGUGGUAAAAAAGAGGUGCUACCAGUUGUUGGCUUAAAGAAUGUCAUUGCCAUUGAGUUUGAUUUGAAGAAUAACUGCGUGUUCUGGGCCGAUAUUCAAACCGAUGAAAUCGGCAGACAAUGCUUAAAUGGAAAUCGAUCGGUUGAAAUUUUAGCGGAAUCUGGUUUGUCAUCAGUGGAGGGCAUGUCUUACGAUUGGAUCUCUGAAUUGUUGUUCUUCGUCGAUGGAACACGCUUCAAGAUUGAAGCUUUGAGCACAUCACUGUCGAAGCCUCGCAUUCGUAAGACGAUUAUCGAUAAAUUACCGAAGCCAAGAGGUAUUGUUGUGCAUCCAAUGGCUGGUUUCUUGUUCUGGACCGAUUGGAGCUUCAACAAUCCAUCGAUUAGCCGAGCCAAUUUGGAUGGAAGCAACUUCAAAACACUCUUCACCAAACGCGAUGUGGUCUGGCCAAAUGGAAUCACCAUUGAUUUUUCAGCCGAGCGAGUUUAUUGGGUUGACGCUAGCCUCGAUUACAUUGGCAGCUGUGAUUUGAACGGAUUGUUAUUCACUAAAGUAGUGAAAGAUGACUCACGCGCUUCGCAUCCAUUUGCCGUGGCUGUGUACAAGCAUUUGAUGUACUGGGACGAUUGGAAGAUUAACGCUAUCUUUUCAGCGGACAAAGAUCUUGGCAUUCAAAUUCGUGCAAUUGCCGAAAAUAUGACCAGCUUAAUGGACAUCAAGGUUUUCGGUCAUGCUGUUCAAACCGGUACAAAUGCUUGUGGCAAACCGAAUAAGUGCUCACACAUGUGCGUUGGAGCUCCGAUGAAUAAUUUCGCAUGCUUGUGCCCAGAUGGUAUGACCAUGUCAUCGACUGGCGAAUGCUUGUGUCCCGGAUUUUUACAACCACAAGGCAACAAAACUUGUCCACAACUGUCAAACACCUGCGCACCAGGAUUCUUUACAUGCUCCAACAAAUUAUGCAUUCCAAAUAUUUAUCGAUGUGAUGGAGAUGAUGACUGUGGCGACAAUUCUGACGAAUUAACCUGUCCAUCAUCCAAAAACCCCUGCUUGCCGCACAUGUUCCAAUGUAAAUCUGAUAGCAAAUGCAUUCCAGAAUACUUUCAAUGUGAUCAUGACAAUGAUUGUCAGGAUGGAAGUGAUGAAGCUGCAUGCUCGUUCAUUGCAUGCAAACCAGAAGAAUUCAAGUGUAGUAAUGGCCGUUGUAUCAACAGCAUUUGGCAUUGCGAUGGAGAAGACGAUUGUCAAGAUGGAUCAGAUGAGAGAAAUUGUACAAGAACCACAUCGAUCACAUGCAAACCUGAUGAAUUUACAUGUAAAACAUCCCAUCAAUGCAUCCCAUCAUCGUGGCUCUGCGACAAUGAACACGAUUGUACCGAUGGAAGUGACGAAGAAAAUUGUGAAAAUAAGGAGUGUGAACCAUGGAUGUUUUCAUGUGGUGAUGGCCGAUGCAUUUAUUCAACAUGGAAAUGUGACGGAGAUCGUGAUUGCAUGAAUGGAAACGACGAAGCCAAUUGCACUGUACCAACAUCAACCGAAUCGAAUCACAAAACCGAUAACAUAAUGCCAACGUGCCAUGAUUGGAUGUUCCAGUGCAACAACGACCGCUGUGUGCCGCACUGGUGGAAGUGUGAUGGUGUAAACGAUUGUGGUGAUAGUUCUGAUGAGCUUGGCUGUACAACAAACACGACCACACCACCAAGCGUAGGUUCAAUUGAUGAGCCCGUCGACACAGAUAUUUGUCUGAAAAAUCAAUUUGCCUGCGACAACGGGCGCUGCAUUUCAAAAUCGUACGUUUGCGAUGGAUUCAACGAUUGCACUAAUGGCGAGGAUGAAGUUAAUUGCCCGAAAUCGGUUUGUGGCAAAGAUAAGUUCAGAUGCCGCAGUGAUGGUGUUUGUUUGGACCGAACUAAAUACUGUGAUGGCAGGAUUCAUUGUAUUGACGGAAGUGACGAGGAAAGUUGCAAACAACCACCAAAGAUAAACGAAAAGAAUGAAACAAUUACAUGUCGUCCGGGUUACUUCAUGUGUGACAACAUUUGUCUGCCACAAUCCAAAUUAUGUGAUGGAAAGGUCGAUUGUUUUGCCUAUGAUGAUGAAGCCAAUUGCAAUGGAACAUCAAACCGUUUCUACCAAGUGAGCUUUCUAUUCCCAUACAAACGAACCAUGACCGCAACCAGCUUCUUGAUCUUCUGGUACAUGCCAACCAAUGGCGGUGAAAGUCAAAACUUUGAAUAUCUUCCAUCAAUCUCUUUGGCCAACGAGGAUAAUUGGUCGAAUCAUAGUGCAUGGAUUGAAAACACACAACAUCGCUUUGAGAAUUUGACACCAUACACCAUGUAUAAUGUAACGGUUUAUGUACGACUCAAGAAUAGCAAUCGUAUUGAUGCACCGUAUCUGUAUAUCAAUGUCACAACGCAAGAGGGCACACCAACUCAACCACUGAAUGUGAAUGUAACCCAAUUGAAUUCGUCACGUGUGCAAAUCUCAUGGGAGCCACCAAAAGAUGCAUAUGGAGUCCUGAAGGAAUACACCGUUUACUAUCGAGCAGCAACAAUCAAUGUAAACUCGGCACACUCGGUGAAGGUGAGUCCGAAUGAACAUUCGAUUGUUCUGGAAUCAAACUUUGAACCAAACACUACGUACGAGUAUUGGGUGCGUGCACGAAACUCCAAGAAUGAGUCGCCAAGUUCGAAAUUGGUACGACUAACUUUUGACACCGCUUCUGAUAUGGAUCGUUUGACUGGUUUGCAUGUAACACACAUUGGUCCAGAUUACAUUCAAGUUGAAUGGAAUGAAGUUAAAGGCGUUGAUGGCUAUUCGAUACAAACCAUAUUACCGCAAACCUAUCCAAAGCUCAAGCCAAACCAAACCCAAGAAACAAAGUUCCGAGUAGCGAAUUUGGUGCAAGGAGCGAACAUAAACAUCAAAGUGUCCGGUUUUAAGAAAAACUUCUUCGGUCGACCAGCAUCGAUUUCAAGUGUUUUGCCUGGCAGCCCAUUGCCCCAAAUUUCAUCGGUAAACGUGACAGAUGUCAACGGGGUUCCAGAAUGUUUAUGGAGCGAACCAACGGGAGUGCCAUUCAAAAAUAUCACAUAUGGCAUUUAUUAUGGUGUCACAGUCGAUGAACUGUACGAAGAAGCAAAGCAAACGACUCAAGCAUUAAAAGCAACGCUCAAAAAUCUGAUGCCAUGCGAGUCUUAUCUGGUGAGUGUGGGAAUUGUUGCACCAGUCGGACCCGGGCCAUUAUCCUCACCAAAGACAUACCAAACGAAAUAUAAUGAACUGAAACCACCACGUAAUGUUAAAGCCACAAUGAUUACGGACAAACAUGAGAUUGAACUCACAUGGGAGCACAAUUGUCCGAUACUUGACAAAUAUCCACCAUCGUAUCAAAUCAGUUUAACGGAGCUCACUACCAAUGAGACGAACGUUGUUGAAGUGAUACGCAGGGGAACCAAACCCGUAUCGCAUAAAUUCAAAGAUAUUCCUGAUGGUGCUGUGUAUAACAUAAGUAUUUCCACAAAUGCAACCAACGCUGAACCAGUUACACUUAAGAUACAUGCGCCAUCAUUACCUCCAGUGCGUCAACUCAAAGUCUAUCCGGAAAAGAAUGGCACAUACGUGGUGUACUGGCACGAGAUCCAAGACAAUAAUGACAAAUAUGAUUACGAAUUGGUUGUCGUUCCUGGUUUAAUCUUAAAUGAUUCGGUGACUCCAAUUAUAAAGAAAAGAGUAAAGAAGCCACCGGCGUUAAUCAAUAUUCAGGAUCUUGGUGGCAAUACGGCAGCUGGCAAGAUAUUUACCAUGGGCAUUCGUUUGAGAACCCAAAAAGGAUUCUAUUCGUCAGUGCACGAAAUUGAACACAUUGAGGUGCAACCGGAGGCAUGGAUAUCGUUAAUGUUGCCAGAAAAGUCAUCCACCUGGAUGGUUAUCAUACCAAUGAUGCUUGUUAGUGCAAUGGGUGGUGUCAUCUUCUACAUGGUGCGCCGCCAUCGAAGAAUGUCGAAUAACUUCUCACGCUUUGCCAACUCACAUUACGACACCAAAACCGGAACGACGAGAAUCGGAGACGAUGACGAUAUUCACCACGAUAAUAUCAAUGAUAAUAUCAACGAUAUGCCUCGCUUUGAUGACGACGAACCACUCGUACUAACGUAAUUUUUAAGCUAAAGACUUUGUUUUUUUUCCCUGUUUUUCAUUGCCAAAAAAAAAGUAAUACGCAUGAGAAAGUGAGAAACAUUUUAAUGAAAGACGAUGAUGGCGUUGUGUUUCCAAAUGUGAAAUUGUAGAUAAUUUUUUUAUUUAUACAUUUAUAUUAAGUAGCAAAUAACGGAAUCAUAUGUGAGAUUGUCUGCGGGUUCAUUUAAGAUGAACUUAUUUUUCGUUUGAAUUGCCGUGCAGAAAUAAAAUGAGACAAUUGCAAUUUGCGGACACAAUAAAGGCUGAACGUGGUUUGAACCAUGGAUAAAACUUUAAAGAAAAGAAGAAAAAAAACAUUGCAUAUGCAUAUGAAUAACGAGUGAUCGCACACACAUUUAUGUAAAGACAAACAGCUGAACGAUAAAAAAAAGUAUUGCAUUCAUUUUUACAACUUCAAAACCAACAAGAUUAAUAAUAAAUAUUUUGACUGAAACAAAAA